CACUUAAGCCCUCCUUGUGGGCGCUGCCACAGCUGUGGCCAAGGCUGCUGAAGAAGCAAAGAAGCGGGCUCUUUUUCUUUCUGCCCUGGAGACCAGGGAGGCCUCUACUACCUUCUCUCCAGCCAGUGCCUUCCUCCUGGUCCAUGGGGACAGUUGUAGCCAAACUGCUCCUGCCUACCCUCAGCAGCCUGGCCUUCCUCCCCACAGUGAGCAUUGCUACCAAGAGGCGGUUUUACAUGGAGGCCAUGGUCUAUCUCUUCACCAUGUUCUUUGUGGCGUUCUCCCAUGCCUGUGAUGGGCCUGGCUUGUCUGUGCUGUGCUUCAUGCGCCGUGACAUUCUCGAGUACUUCAGCAUCUAUGGAACAGCUUUGAGCAUGUGGGUCUCCCUGAUGGGGCUGCAAAAUUUUGAAAGAAAAAGAAAAAUGAGAUGGAGGAAAGAAGAAAGCAGGAAGGACAAAGGAACACUGGCCGACUUUGAUGAACCCCAGAGAUCGACCUUCACGAUGCUCGGUGUCCUUACCAUCGCUGUGCGGACUUUCCAUGACCGCUGGGGUUAUGGGGUCUACUCCGGUCCCAUAGGCACAGCCACCCUUAUCAUUGCAGUAAAGUGGCUGAAGAAGAUGAAAGAGAAGAAGGGCCUGUACCCCGACAAGAGUGUCUACACCCAGCAGAUAGGCCCUGGCCUCUGCUUUGGGGCCCUGGCUCUGAUGCUUCGCUUCUUCUUUGAGGAAUGGGAUUACACCUACGUUCACAGCUUCUACCACUGUGCCCUGGCCAUGUCCUUUGUCCUGCUGCUGCCCAAGGUCAACAAGAAGGCUGGGAACGCAGGGACCCCCGCCAAGCUGACCUUCUCCACCCUCUGCUGCACUUGUGUCUGACCACAGCCACCCUUCCCUCCCAACCCCCCGUGCCAGGCCCCUGCCUUCCUGUCUGGCAGCCCUGUUGUUUGUCCCAGGACACUUCCUAUGCUUUCCCAUGUGGCCUGUCCAUGAGAAAUGGUCUUCUCUGCACCCCAAGAGACCAGCAGGCUUGUUACAUUCUGCUAAAGGCUGCUUAGGGACCCACUAAUUCUAUGUUCCCCAGGUGCUUCAUCUGUUCAGAAAAAAAAAAAAAAAAAAGAAUUCCCUAAGGCCUCACAACCAUAGGUGUGCCCGGCAGAGCCCUAGGCCAGUAAACACCCAGCAGCAUAGAUGACAGCAGCAUACAGGUUAUCUAUUUCCUAGGCCCUGCCUGACAGGAUUGUCUGCUUUCCCUGGGAAACUGGGAUUGCCCUUGCUACCCCCUGCCCAGGCUCUGAAAGCUCCCCAUUUAGGAAGCUGGAGCCAGUGAGCCUAGCUCCAGCCUGGACCCAAGCUUGCAUGCCCCUGCCCGAGUCCCAUCCCUUCAGCAGGUUUUCGAUCAAGCCAGUCACAGUAAACUCUUGAUCAGCCACUA